AUGGAUUUUGCACCAUUCACUAAAGGAAUAGAUUUAAAUGAAGAAGAUUUCAACUUUAUUGCACAAAGGGCAAUCAAUGGAAUUCUUGAAACUUUAACAAUUAUGACUUAUAAUUAUUAUCUCUAUCAAGCAUGUGAACUUAGUUUUAUUUUGGAAAAACUUAUUUUGAAAUAUUUGAAGAAACCAGAACUCAAUACACCAGAGGAUAUUAUUUCUUCUUUAUCAGAGCUGGCAAAAGAUCUUCGUUUCACGGAUCAUUUUCGAUUCACAUUUAGACGCCCUACAAUAAUUUGCCUUAAUUUGCCUUAUAUCUUUCAAGAUAGCGAUAUUGCUGAUGAACUUAUUAAAAAAUUUCCUGAUAUCCAUAGAAAUUUAUGCGAGUUUGGCGACCCCUUUAAAUUAUAUUCUGAAUAUGAAUAUUCAGAGUUAGAUACAAACAAUCCAGUUCGAGAUUUCUUAAAGCGGCGUGAAGAAGUAAUAAAAGAAUUUGAGAGGCUCAGGAGAGCAAAGCAUCCGGGAAUAACAUUUAAAGAGACAGAUUAUGAGCGUGAUUACCAUUGCUCACAGAAAUAA